AUAGCGGCCGCAUUGCUUAUAAUGGAUUUUUAAUAAAGUUGAAGAAGCAAAAAUACAUUUUUUUUUGUAAAUAAACGGAGAGAGGCAAUUAGUAACUAAAAAGUUGUCCACCAAUUGCAAAAAUGUUACUCCGAUCGAUUCCUGGUUUACUGCUGUUGGCUUUGAUCAGCUUUAGCGCCCACCAGCGGACGGAUUGUGCAAAAAUUUUAGCGAUAUUUCCCUUUCCGGGGCCUUCACAGUACAUUUGCGUGCAAGCCUAUUUGAAGGCGUUAGCAGGGCGUGGUCAUGAAGUCACCGUUGUAUCGGCUUAUCCACAGAAAAAGCCUUUACCAAAUUUUCGUGAUAUAUCUUUAGAAGAAGUGCUGAACGGCUACGAAGAAACCAUAGUGGAUGUGAUCACACAGGAACGUAAUAAAUGGCAAGAACUUAAUCUUUAUUAUGACUUCUUCACCGGUGGCACCCUUUCGGUGCUGAAAAGUGCAAACGUACAAAAGUUGCUACAAUCCGAUGAGCAUUUCGAUCUCGUCAUUGUGGAAGCGCUACAAAUGGAUGCUGUCUACGCAUUCGCGCAUCACUAUAAGGCGCCCAUAAUCGGCAUAUCUACGUACGGCACAGAUCCAACCAUUGACGAAUUGGUUGGUAAUACUUCGCCAAUUUCCUAUAUACCAUUGCCGCUUUCCGAAUUAAGUGAUCGCAUGAGCUUUUGGCAGCGUUUGGAAAACCUGUGGCAUCAUUUGUUGCAUCAACUGCAUAUGCAUUUCAUUUACUUACCGAAUCAGGUUGCCAUAUAUAAGGAAUACUUUCCCAAUGGCACAGCCGAUAUUUUGGCUCUGCGUAAGAGUUUCUCGUUGGUGCUUUUAAAUCAACAUUUCUCCAUAAGUUUUCCACGACCUUAUGUACCGAAUGCCAUUGAAGUUGCCGGCAUGCAUAUUAGUCAGAAACCGAAUCAACUACCGGCCGUCAUGGAGGGCUUCAUCAAUGCUUCUAAAGCCGGUGCAAUCUUCUUCUCUUUGGGUUCGAAUGUAAAGAGUAAGAACUUGUCAAAGGAAAAAAUAGAUAUAAUCCUACGUGUUUUCGCAUCGCUGCCGUACAAUGUACUUUGGAAGUUCGAGGCGACCGAUUUGCCGAAUAAACCGCAGAAUGUCUAUAUCGAUAAAUGGUUUCCGCAGUCCGAUGUUUUGGCGCAUCCCAAUGUCAAACUUUUCAUUUCUCACGCUGGCCUACUGAGCACUACCGAAGCGAUUCAUCACGCCAAACCGUUAGUCGGCAUGCCAGUCUUUUUCGACCAAUUUCUCAAUAUGAAACGCAUAAAACAUGCCGGCAUCGGUGUAUCUGUUAAUUAUAAGUCAUUCACAUACGACGAGUUACGAGGUGCCAUUCUGGAGGUGCUCGAUCAACCAAAAUAUACACAAAAUAUUCAGCAAAUGUCGCAGCUUUAUCAUGAUCGGCCUAUGAAGCCAUUGGACAAGGCUAUUUUUUGGACGGAAUAUGUGUUGCGUCAUGAAGGGGCGGCGCAUAUGCGCGUUGCGGCACAGGGAUUGAAUUUUAUUCAAUAUCAUAGUUUGGAUACGAUUGCGGUCUUUAUUGUUGGAGUGGUCUUAGCAGUCAUUUUGCCAGUAUGGGCCAUCUAUGGAAUUGUGAGUGGAAUGGUUAUGAGAGAUAGUGGUGGAGCAAAGUUAAAACAUAGCUGAUGAAUAAAUAUCUUAUACAUAUG